AUGGUUACUGCCGAAACAAACUGCCGCCUUCUCACCGCUGGCAUAGUACUAUUUGCUACCAUUCUUCUAACGGAAAGCAUACAAAUAGACAACCGACUCGUCCAACCACAACAUGAUUGUUUUGAGCGGAUAGCGCUGGGUGCAAUGUUACCGUUUGAGAAAACUUUUCGAAACUCAGACACAAACUCGCUGAAAAUCUGCGAAACACUUUGCCUCAAUGACAAAGAAUGUCAGACGUUUGCAUUUGGCAUAUCCGGGCGAGGCAAUGGAACUUGCCAGCUCUCAGCGAACAUAAUCGAUGCUACCAAUUCACGCCCAGUCGGUACCGUAUUUGAUCCAGACUUUGAUCUGUAUGCCAGAAAGUACAAUUGUUUUUUAGAUACAGGCGGGCCGUCGAAUCCUCCUCCACGGCCAGGAGGUUUAAACACCUUCCCCGCGAGUGAAUUGCCGCCAGGAGGAACACAACGACCAUCAUCUUCUUUUCCUCCUUCGGGGAGUCCUGAACGACCAGGUCCACCGGUAUUUACACCCACCGGUAGUACCGCUACUGGAGCACCGAUAUCGACCACCAACAAUGGGUUUUCUGAAAUCCGACCUACAAGUGAAUAUCCGGGAACAUUUUCUACUAGCGUAGGAUCGACCUAUAAUCAAGCAACUGGUGAAACAUUUCCGGAAACGACUGCUCCCGGAGAAGAUUACUACUCCACUAAAGAGCAACCGUCAUCAACAUUGUCAGGUCAUUACACCCCAACAACUAACGCCGCCUCAGGUCCUCCGAGUAGUACAGGAGUAGAUCGAAUUCCUCCAAAACCAACACAGCCUGAUGAAAAUCCCAUGAAAUACCCUAUUGAUCUCAGACCACAAUAUCCAGGCAGUUCCGGUCCAUCGCGACCCGGAAAUUAUCCAUAUAACUUUCCAAUGCUCUACGAAACGAACUACCCGCUUCCGAACAAAAAUGAACCGCUUCCGGGCAUUUACGCUCCGAACAUACCACCUGUAGACAACAAUUACCUACGACCGGAAUACUCUGGAUACUUUGGAAGACCUUCCGGUCCUUCUGGACCGACCGGCUUAAUGAAACCAGUAGAAAACAGUGCAUCUGGCUACGGAGGCAGUGGACCUCAACGACCGGUUGAACACAAACCUCCCGACUAUGGAAAACCGCUUCGGCCAUCCAGUUCGGGAUCUGGGCCGGAUCCGUCUGGAUAUGGUGUAACGCGCCCACCACCUCCUGCGGCACCCAGUGGACCUACCGGUGGGGAUGGAUACAAAGUUACCGAAGAAAACCAUAAGCCUGAUAGACUUAGACCAUGCUACCGAAGAGUGCUGGCUGGAAAACGGGUUGCCCCACAGUGGGUUCGGAGGACACUGAUUUGUGAACGAGUAGAAGACUGCCAACGCGAAUGCGGCGAUGAGCGACGAUUUCCCUGUGAAGGUUUCAACUACCGGUUGGACCCAACCGGUCGGGGGCAAGGCGAUUGCGAGCUUAUUGAUCAACCUCUGUCUCAGAUUGAUUUAUACUCCAGCCUACAUCAGCGAGAUUCAAAUCUAAUUCGUGAUCCGGAUUACGACUAUUACGAACGCGAUCGUAGUGCUUCUCCUUCGUGUCGUACAAAUUACGGCUGCAAGGAUUGUGGACUGAAACCAUACCGACCGCCCUUCGAUUUCAUUCGACCAACGACCUACCGUCCGCAUGCCGACGGCUACAAACCAUUUCCACCAGAGCGGAUACCUUAUGAGGAAAUACACUAUAAACCAAUGACCGCUGUAAGCAAAUAUCGACCUCCCUUUUAUGACCGUGAUUUUGAUAGAUAUGGUUCAAACUACUAUCCAUCACCACCUCUUUCACCGAGCGAAUCAUUCAGACCAUCGUUCCCUUAUAAGCCACAAUAUUCCGGUGAUAUCGAUAGAUACGGAUCGGUAGAUCAAGAUCGUUAUAAACCACCUCACGGUAGUUAUGAACGUCAUGACUACUACCGACCAUCAAUGCCGUACGGACCACCUCCAGAAGAUCAUCGACCACCUGCACAUAGGCCUCGACAUCCAUAUGAAGAUCGCGAACCACCACGGCCUCCAACUUCUCCUGCACACUAUCCAGUCCAAGGUGAGAAACCGAUCGGUUUCAUUCCAUAUUUGAUUGGACAAGACGCCCACAAAAACUGGGGUGUUUAUGGUGGAUCAUAUGGACAUAGUGGCACCGACUCCUACAAAUCUGUUUCCGACUACUGGGGCAUAAGAAAUGAAAUCAAGCGAUACGAUGGCCCAUCAUUCAACUACUUUGAAUUACGAAGUGAUCACCACCUAGACGACAACAGCAUCUGGAGUUACGGAGGCCGAAAGUACGGUUUUGACGAUCCGAACGCACUCAGUAUUCCCGAUCAUCGUCCCGACCGUGGCCACUUCGGUCAUCAAUGGAGUAGAAGACCGGGGUUGGAAGAAUGUUCCGUUAAAUCUAGCGAAGGUUUCCGAUUGCACAAAGGUGUUGUGAAGUACGCCCUGAACACGCCGACCGUCAUCGAAUGUGAAAGAAUGUGCUUCUCGGAGUCACGCUUCCGAUGUUUGACUUUUAGCUAUCGGUACUCUACGGUUUCGCGGGAAAAUUGCUUACUCUGCGAUCGACCCUACAAUUUGCUGGAUUUUUAUGCUGAUUUAGAACCAGAUCGUGACUAUGACAUCUAUUCAAUGACCGAUGAUCUCAAGGCUUGUCAACCAGAGUCUCAUCCACCAAUUUUCAAUGCGCAAUGUUUCAUUCGAGCAAUGGAUUCAUCUCGAUUUUACAAAGCAAUCAUUCGUGACUCACUGACGGUUCGGUCGGUUGGUGAGUGUGAACUCGAGUGUAUCAAGGCAUUGAAGUUCACCUGCCGAGCAUUUACGUACAGUUUCGGUCCACACACAAUCAACUCCGUUAUAGAUAACUGCUUGCUGUCGGACUGGCCAGUACGAGAUAUGGACAGAGAUCGCCACUUGGUGUUUGACGAAGGAUUCGAUGUAUUUGAGCGUGCCAGCUACGGACAAGGAUGUGAAAUUCAGCCAAUCAUCGACGAUAAACACCAGAAGAAAUUCUGCUACCUUGGAUAUGGCUCACCGGCAAAGCUGCUGUCAUCAGCAAUUAAGAAAGUGAUCUCUGUGAAUACUGAACUGGACUGCAAAAAUGAAUGCAUUCGAUUAAGAGAAACUACGCCAUUCAAAUGCCUUUCAUUUAGCUUUGGAUCUCAAGCGUCAACAUACAACUGUGAAAUGUCAGACCUAGAUCAAAGUGAAUUGAAAAUGGGUGUUCACUAUGCGCACACCAACAACCGAGAUUACUGGUUGUUUGCGUGGAAUCCUUUCGACUACACCUGUCGCGACAAAAUCAUUACCAUCAGUAGUGGCAGCAACGGUGGAAACCGGGAGAAUCACGACCGUCGAAUGGACAUAUUCCGAGAACCGGGUGAUGGAGCUUGGCGCCAGUACACCGUGUCGGGGAAACCCUGCCGCUCUGGUACCAAAUGCGAGCGCAACAAGAUCACAGGGUUUUACUCGUGCGAAAUAGAUGGUGGUGAGGUUGGUUCGUGGGACUAUUGCUGUAAAACCGAUCACCCUUGUGGCUACUCGCAAGGGUUCGAAUAUCCAUGGUGCUUCGUGGGCGAUGCUCCCGACCAGUGGCGAAAAUGCAGCGAUAAAUACUUCCCUGCGAAACACCACCAGCACCAGCAGCAGCACCCCAAUGGGCUCGCCGAUGGUACGCGUUAUCAAGACAAGAAUAAAAAGGGUGAAAUCUAUCAGCCACCACCCAAACCCGGUGGACUAAGGCACACGGAUGAUGUUACGGCACCCGCCGAGCUUUGGCCGGUCACAUUCCUGUACGACAAGGGACCACCGGUGAUGACCGGCAGCAAAAAACCGUUGGCGUCGAAUGCAACCGAACUCAGCAGCAACGUGAUCGAUUGUAAGAAAGACAAGUGCUAG